UCUUCUAAUCUCUCUAAGAAAUUUGCUGAUACACAGAGAGGGCAAUUCUUGGUGUAGAAGGAGAGAGAUAAGAGCCAUGGAAGCUUUGAAAACCGCUAGCUUCAGUCCUAUGUCGGUUCUAUCCGAGAAAAGAUCAGAACCACGACGACCCUUCUCGCUCCCUACCCUCUUUCCACCGAAACCAAUCUCCCAAGAAAGCUUCCUCAGGAGCUUCAACGGCGGAUUAGCGCUUCUAACCUCUGUCCUAAGCAGUGCAACAGCUCCUGCGAAGUCUCUGACCUACGAGGAAGCUCUGCAGCAAUCAGUGACCUCUCCUUCAUCGUUUGACUCAGAUGGCUUUAUCGACGGGAUAUCAACUUUCGUCACAGACAACCCUCUGGUGAUCGCCGGUGGAGUUGCUGCCUUUGCCGUACCCUUUGUUCUCUCUCAGGUUCUGAACAAGAAGCCUAAAUCCUUUGGAGUUGAGUCUGCUAAGAAUGCUUACACCAAGCUGGGCACUGAUGAAACUGCUCAGCUGCUUGACAUAAGAGCCGCUGCUGAUUCCAGACAAGUGGGCAGUCCUAAUAUCAAAGGUCUAGGUAAAAAGACUGUUUCGGUUGUUUAUAACGGAGAAGACAAGGAUGGUUUCUUGAAGAAGCUUUCCUUGAAGUUUAAAGAUCCUGAGAACACCACAUUGUUCAUUCUUGACAAGUUUGAUGGAAACUCCGAGCUUGUUGCUGAACUGGUGUCCCUUAAUGGAUUCAAAUCUGCGUACGCUGUUAAAGAUGGUGCAGAGGGACCUAGAGGGUGGUUGAAUAGCGGAUUGCCUUGGAUAGAGCUAAAGAAGAGUCUCAGUUUUGAUUUGAGCAAUUUGACUGAUAGUAUCAGCGGUGUAUUUGGCGAGAGUGCUGAUGGUGUAUCUGUUGCUAUUGGAGUAGCUGCUGCUGCUGGUUUAAGUGCUUUAGCAUUUACAGAGAUUGAAACCAUACUCCAACUACUAGGUUCAGCUGCGCUUGUUCAGCUUGCAGGCAAGAAACUUCUAUUUGCUGAGGACCGAAAGCAAACUCUAAAACAAGUGGAUGAGUUCUUGAACACAAAGGUUGCACCUAAAGAACUUGUUGAUGAAUUAAAGGACAUAGGAAAGGCUCUUCUUCCUCCAUCGACAAGCAGCAAAGCUCUUCCUGCACCUGCAGCAGUAGCAGCAGAAGCAGCUACAACCACCACUGUGGAGAAGCCAGAACCUGAGCCAGAGGUAGCGCCAGCUAUCAAAGCCGCUGCCCCUGCACAAGUAAACUCAGAGCCGGUGAUGGAAGCCGCUACUGCACAAGUAACUUCAGAGCCAGCCACUGAACAAGUAAUCACAGAACCGGCCAAAACAGAAGAGAAACCAAAAGCUUAUUCAAGACCUCUCUCACCAUAUGCAUCGUACCCUGACUUGAAGCCUCCAACAUCUCCAACACCAUCGCAGCCCUGAAAAGCCCCUUAUAUAAAGCAGCCUUUCCUCCUUCAAACAUAUGAGCAAAUAUCAAUCGAAUCUUUGUAAACUUCUUUUUUAUUUUUUUGAGAACUUAGUUGCUACCUUCUUUCGAAUCUCUGUUGUCUCCCUUGAUGUUGUGCUCUUAAGAGUUGAGAGUUGCAGUGUUCAAAUAAUCGUUGACCAAUACAAAGUCAAAUAUAUAUGAUUUUGAGCUAA